GUGAAUCAUUAGCAAACUGCAAUGCCAGGAUGAACUUGUCUGGAACCUAAAAGGAGAAAACAAUCUUAGAGUAUUUUGCUUUGCGUGGUUUUGUUCAAUACAGCCAAAGUGGAUCUAACAGCUGGUUGAUCACCAGUCCAAGAUGCUUCUGGUUUCCCAGCGGGUCAUGGAGCCACAUAUUCCAUUACAGGGAUCCAUUAAGAGAAAACUGGAAGAUGACAGCUCCCCUGCUUCCAGUGGUAUGCCCGAUGUCAUUUUCCCAAGCGACAAUAAGAGACUUUGUCUUGAUGAUGUAACUCUAUCUAUGGGCCAAGAGACCAAUCCCAGUGUGUCGUGUCCAGAUAUGCAGAACUCUCCAUUCUCCACCAAUCACAGCACUUCUUCCAUGGGAGUAGCAGGUCAUUCAGCGCUACUUGAAAACAAUCACAUGAAUGGCAGUGGCAUUGGUUCUCCAUUUUCGGUACCACCCAACACAGAAAUAGGACAGAAAGGGACGAUAGGUGGACAGAAUAAUGUUGUUCAUUAUGACGAGAAAGGAAACAAUAUGCAGUCUGUGGACCAGGAGCUGCAAGAUCUGUUAGAAGAGCUGACAAAAAUGCCUGAUCCUUCUCCUAAUGAGCUGGAUCUUGAGAAGAUCUUGGGAAGCAAGGCUGAAGAGCCGCUUGGUCUGAGCCACCCACAGUCAAGCAUAAGCACCACGCCAAAGUCCUCUCCGCAGACAUCUCACUUGGAGAACCACAUUGCAAACAAAGAUUUUUCUCCAGGUUGCAAUCCCACAAGUGGAGGAUCACCCCAAAUGGGGCCUUCAUCUGCUGUGGCUAACUAUUCGGUUCCUCCCCCAAACAAAGCUGUUGCAUCACCCAUCUCUUCGGGAGCACAGAAUAAGAAUCAGGCACAGUCUAUUCUGCCAGUACCCUUGCCCAACAUGCCUACGCCUAACUGGCAUGCACAGCAACUAAAGCAGCUGGCAGCAAGCAAACAAGUGUCUACUACUAAUAAGCCAGUACAGGCUUCCAACUGGCCAACCAUGUCCACUCCAGGUCUUUCUCCGCCUUAUAGGCCGGGAUCAUCCCCCCUCCAUCAACCUUUCAGCCCUCAAAAUGUCAUGGUGUCUGGCAUGACUUCUAAUAGUUUACCAGGAAACAAUAUUCAAAGUCCUCAAAACACUCUGCUUUCAAGCAUGGCUUCCAGUAACAACCCGUCUAGCGGGCCCUCUCCACCAUAUGGGUCAGAGAAGCUUUCCAGUCCAGCGCUUAACCAGCAGCCUUUCAGCCCCCAGAAUUCCAUGCUAUCCAAUAUGACUUCAACCAGCCUCCCAACCAAUAAUAUUAAAAGUCCACAGAACAAUCUGGUUCCCAGCAUGGCCUCCACGAAUACUGGACCCUCCCCACCGUACAGGCCAGAAAAACUGUCAAGCCCAGCUCUGCACCAGCAGCCAUUUAGUCCUCAAAAUACAUUAAUUCCUAACAUCACUCCCACCAGCAAUCCCACCAGUAUGCAAAGCUCUCUUUUUAAAUUGAUGACUACAAACCAGUCCAAAGCCAUGAACAUAAUUAUGCAACCGCCAUCUAAUGGCUUGCAGAAUGAGAAUCCUGUUACCCAAGACCAGUUUUCUUUCAAUAACACCAAACCACUGUCUCAUUUUGCGUCGGAGUCAACUACUCCAAAGAUGUCACCCAUGACUGCCAAUCCAGGGCAGCAAUCCCUCAUUCACUAUCUCCAGCAACAGCAGCAAGCUCCAGCCACACAACAGUCUCCACAGGCUAAUAAUACGCCGUUUAUCGAGCAACAUCUUCGACAACUGAUGCAACCACCUCGGAUGCAGAGACACAUGCAGCCUGCUGCUUUGCCAUCUCAACCCAGACAGGAUCAAAAUCCUGGAAUUGUUACCAGACUUCAGGAGCCAGGCACCAUCCCAAGCGGAGGCUCGGUGCCUGCGCCAGCUACGGUGAACGGAUAUACGAUGAGGAACCAUUUGCUGAAGCAGCAAAUCAUGAGACGGCAGCUAAUGCAGGAGAAGCAGAAACAAAGCAUGCUGGGAGUAGCAUCCGAGCAGAGGAGUUCAUUUGCGCCCCAGCAGAUGAAUCAGUUUCAGGCAGUACCACAACCUAUUCCUACUGACUGCGGUCAGUCCAUGCCAGCUCCUCCACUGAAUCACCGCAUGAUGCCAUCCAACCCGGGAAUACUUCAGAACACCUUGGGCUCCGGACUUACUCCAACCACUGUUAACCAGAACAGUGGGACAAUGGUUAUGAUUCCGCAUAAUCCUGGCAAACAGCAAGGGAUUUUUCCGCCUAAUUCUGAUUUUAACGUCCCUCUGCGACCAAACCAAACCUCUCUGGGCAUGCACUCAGGAUGCCAAACGGUUCACAGCCAUGCUACUGUCCGGCCAGGAAUGACAUUGUCUAGCUUUAACUCCAGUUCCUUAACAAAUCACUCAGCAACUCAGCAACACUUAAGACAGCCUAGUAUGCCAAGAAUUUCUACUGUCUACCCCAGCACAUCUGCUCAGAUGUGGACACCGACUGGGGUUUCAAGAAUGCCCAAUCAAAGCCCAAUGGAUACCAGCAUGCAGCAAUUCUCCAGUAACCCGCUCGUCUCCAAACAGAAUGUGAGACCAAAUCUACCAGGUCAGCAGUUUUCCCACCAGGCUGUAGCGCCGCCUAAUCAGAUUGCGCCCGGAGUCCAGGUCAGACAGAUGCAAAAACUAAACCUGGGACAGUCUGGCCAGAGCCUGAGCACGCUGAAUAAUCAGAACUUGAGACACAAUUUAACCAGAGGACCAUUGCCAGCUAUGAAUGUUAUGAAAUCCAUGCCACAAGGCAUGUCCGGUUUUAACCAGCUCAAUCCUGCUCAAGGACUCUGCCCGCCAAGUUACCCCUCCGCAGGCCAGCUGUCAGGAACAUUCAACAGAAUGAGUACUGCUUCCGAGCUGCCGCAGUACGACUUUGUGCCACAACAGAGCAAUUCGAUCUUGCCUGGAAACUGCAGUGAGACUGACUUCAUUGACUCCCUUAUGAAGAACAGUAGCAACAACGAUGAAGACUGGUUGAACAAUUUGACAAUGAUAGAUGACAUUUUAGGACAGCACGCUCAAAACUCCGGACAUGUUUAGCUCAUAGGGAAGCAGACUGACUUGUAAAUAACUUAAGUGUGACUUUUAAAAGUGAAAACAAACCAACAAAAAUUGCCUCCUCUUUCAAUACCGAAUGAAUGGACGCGGCCAAUUCUUUGCCUGCAUCAAAGUUUAAUAUUGGCAGUUUUUCAGAUGACUGUAUAUAUUUGAAUAUUUUAUAAAUUAUGUUUUCCUAAACAUUAAAUAUAGAAGUAUUUAUACUUCUUUGCUGGACUGUUUGUAAAUAAAUCUACAGCAUACAUUUUUUGUUUUAUUAUAGGAAAUUCAUUAUACCUUGUUAUAAAUAUGCAAAUAAUAUUGUUAGUUUCAGUAAUACUGUGUAUUACAGCAUAAAAUACUUAUGUUUUUGACAUAACUUAACACAUGAGCUAGGGGUGUCCGUGCAAACUGGCUAAACGGGAAGCAAAUGUGAUAAUUUAUCUCCCUUGUCAAGAAAGAAGAUUGAGGAGUUGCAUUUU